UUCUAUCCCUUUGCCUAUAUUAUUAAGCUUAAAAUCGAGAUAUCUAUAGCUAAUUUAAUAAGUAAGGUUACUAAAAAACGCAAUUAUAGUAUUAUCUCUAAAAGUGCUUUUAGCUAUACUAAGAAAGGAUAUACUAGACUCCUAAAUAAAAGCUUUACUUCUAUUAGUAAGAAUUAA